GAAUGCCAACGUGCUUGUGCUCACAAAAUUACGACACAACCAGCUCCGCUAGUAGAACAAAAGGAUCAUGUCAAAACGACGUCCAGAACGUUAGGAGCAACUACCUUUCCGAUGUCCAUACUUAACGACGCUCCAGGCACAACGCAAUUUCGACGGCUGUCGAGUGCCAGCGUUAGUGUUGCCAACAAAUUGGCCUUCCGCUCGGAUCUGGACCGACAACUGGCCAACGAAAAGCGACGUCUGGAGAAUCGCGCUGAUUUGGCGUACAGUAGCCUUGUUGACCAUCCGGUUACUGUUGCAUGUACGUUCCUGCCGUUCUUCUUUAUAGUUUGGUAG